AUGACAGAACAGUUCUCUGCGUCCUGUCCAGAAAAAAAACUUUCGUGCAAGUAAGCUGCCUCGUAAAAAACAUUUUUCUGGGCAAUUUAAUAAUUUGUGCCAUACGUUAAUUUAUAGUUAAUAUUAAUCACGGCUGAUCAACAAGCGUGUGGUAAAACGUUCAACACGACGAAAGUUAGUUUGAACUGCAAAAUCUUUGUACUACGUGAAAUCUUGUGGUUGCAGGCCCAAGAAAACAUAAAGAAGAAGAAAAGCAAUAUUCCUUGAGAUUUAUUUCAUUUGUUAAGACCAGUCUAUGGUAAAUCAUAGAAACAAUGGAGAUGCUACCAAAUCAAAACAAUCAUUUUUCAAUAUAUAUUGGUGAUCGGCAUGUCAUAUUAGCAAAACAAGUUAACCAUAAGUACAUAUGCAAGUUUUGUGAUAAAAUAAUGAACGAUCCAGUGCAGACAUCGAGAGGUGAAUUGGCAUGCCGAAAGUGUUACCAGGAAAAACAAGUAAUCAAUCCUGGAUAUUGUCCUAUUGAUGGGGAGCCAAUCAAAGACAUUGAUAUAUUUCCAGAUAAAAGUGUUUCUCGAGAAAUCAGCAAAUUGGAAUGUUUAUGUGAGAAUGAAAAAAAUGGGUGCACAUGGAAAGGAGCUCUUUCUGAUAUUAAUUCUCAUGAAGUAACUUGUGAAUUUAUUUCUGUUACUUGCAAUGCAUGCGGUGAAAAAUUUAUAAAGUCGAAAAGUGAAGAACAUAAAUCAGAAAAAUGUCCGAAACGUGAAGUACCUUGCUCAAAUUGCAAUAAAAUAAUACCAUAUGAAGAAAUUCAGUUGCAUGAAGAGUUUUGUGAAGAAAGACCAAUAGAAUGUCCCUUUAAAUGUGGUUCGAUGAUAGCAAGGACUAAGAUGUUCAAUCACACUCACAAUUGUGAAAAUAUAUUAGCUGGAAAUGUGUGCCCGUAUACUGUGGUUGGAUGUAAACACCAGAUAAAUGAUGAUGAAACACUUUCCAUACAUUUGCAAAAUUCUGAGACGUUACAUGCAGCUCUUGUUGUGGAGAAACUGGUAUUUUUAGAAUGUGAUAACAAACGAUUGAUAAAAAUACACAACGAGUUGGAAAGGAACUAUCAACAACUUCAGAAGGAAUUGCAGAAACUUGAAUCAUCACAUCAGUCAGUUAUGUCUGAACAAGUAAUUGAACAGUUAAAAAGUCAAAUCAGAACAAAGGAACAGUUUGCAACAUCAAUAGAUGACGUCCAGUGCCGAUUAACGAAAUAUGAAUCAAGUAAAAGAAGCCAGACCGAGAGAGAAGAACAAAUUGAAACACUCCUCAGUAUUCAAAGCAACUUGAACGACAUGUUGAAAAAAGAACAAUUUUCCCCUCUUGUGGAUUACAAUAAUAAUUUAAACAAAAUGUCAAAAGAAGUUGAAAAUUGUCGUAAGGAAAUUGAAAAAUUAGAUAUUAACAGUGCUAUGGCAAGUUCUAAUUUAGCAGAUAUGGAGCUAAAGUUGCAGCUGUUAGAGAACACUUCAUACAACGGUAGGCAGCUGUGGAAAAUUGACAAUUUUAAAUAUCGGAUGAGUCAAGCUGAAAAAGGUAAAAUUACAGCUUUGCACAGUGCUCCUUCGUUCACGGAAGUGUUUGGUUAUAAAUUCUGUACUAGACUUUAUCUGAAUGGUGACGGGAUGGGAAAGAACACUCAUUUGUCCAUAUUUUUUGUUGUUAUGAAAUCACAAUAUGACGAGUUAUUAAAAUGGCCCUUUGUGAAACGAAUUUCCUUUCGUUUGUUAAAUCACGAAGACGUGUCGAAAACGAGAAAGGAGAGCUUUUUGUCUGAUCGAAAUUCUUCAAGUUUUCAGAGACCCACAAAAGAAAUGAACAUCGCAGCUGGAUGUCCUAUGUUUCUUGAAAAAAGCAGACUUGAAAAUGACGGAUUUAUUAUUAACGACUCGCUGUUUAUUGAAACUAAGGUGGAAGACGACAGGAGACCUAAUGCUAGAACGUAAGUGCACAGAUACUGUAUUGAGCAGAAAUUAUGACAUUGGUAAGGUUGAUAUAUUAUAAUGUUAAUAAUUUUAUACUAAAUACAUUAUUUCUUAACUGUUUUUGUAUUUUUUUAUAACAAAAGUAAAAUCUCUUAUGUAAAUUUAAAGUUACACCAGCUGAAAAAAUUAUUUGUAACACAUUUAUUUAAAAACAUUCUGACAAAGCUUUUCCACACCAUCAUCAGGUCGAAUUCCAUACUUUAAGCACUCUUGGUAAAAUUAGGUUAAUAAAUAAAAAUGGGUUAAAUUCAUUGUUAGGACUAACAUGGUGGAGAUUUUUAUUUAAUCUAUUUUAAUGUUAUUCGAUUUUGUUUUCUAUUAAGAUAACUGGGAUAAAUCUAAUGAAAAAGUGAUUUUUUUUUAUUUUGUGUUUUCUGGGCGCUUAAAUGGUUGGCUUAAAUAGCAAUAACUUCGAGUAAAAGAAUACGUUUUUUAAAAAAUAAACAUAUGUACAACUUUGUAUAUAUUGAUUUGCACGAAAACUAUUUUGGCUUGUCAGCCCAUGUAAAUACGGGGGAUAGGGAGAAUUCUUGGAUAAAAAUCGCACUGGAAAUAUUAUGGAAGUCUGUACAGUGUAAACUUUUUCAUAUUUCUGAUAAUCUUAUUUCGAAUGUUUAUUGCAUGAAAAUCUGUUUUUGUUAAGGUCUGCUUUUUUAGUCAUCUGCUUACGAAACCUAUCUGCGAAACUUUCUUUUCUCAAUAAAAUUUCUGUUUUUGAUAAACCAGAUCAUUCCCUGAAAAAGGUUCGAUAGCACCUGGAACUCUGAAAUCGAAAGGCCAGCCUUUAUUGCGUGUGUAUUCAAAUAAUUAGCAAACUGACCUCCCUGUCUUUAAUUUUUUUGACAUGACGAAUGUUAUGAUUUAAUUUCUGGAAAUUUUGUAAAUUAUUGUACAUGUUCUAUUCAAUAAUAUUUAAAUUUUUUAUUGUUUGAA